CUGAAGUGACGUGAAAGAGUGUCACGUGUAUGCCUCACCGCUCAACAAUCAAGAAUCGAGGAUCAAAUCCUGUCCUCCAUGCGUGCAUGCCUUUACGAUCAUUGGUGGUGAGGUGAGCUGCUCAUUGCUCCUUUCUUUCCCACCACAGUCCGCGCAGCGCAGAUCAGAUCAUCAACAGGGCUAAUAAUCCGAGCUGUGCCCAUCACAUUUCCACCUUUGCGUGCUCUCACUCUCAACAAGCAUCCAAUCCUUCAGCCUUUCGUGAUCCAUUCGACAAUCACAAUGUCGAACAACGAAGCAGGUCCAAGUUCGCCCAAUCGACAUUCUGUCGACCUACUAGCCGCGCCGCAUGCGCAGGACGACUUGAUCGAUGCGGGCACGGAUAAGCAAGCGGAUGCGAGGUCAGUGUUCAAGAAGCGAGGCGGCGGCAAGAGGAGUGUGGGCGUCAGAAUGCGUGGGAUGCAAGAUGAAGAGAGGGGAGCAGACGAGAAUGAAAUGAUGGGUGAGGAUGCGCAACGAUCUGAACUUGAGCAGAGCACAAAAGAAGCCGAUCUGUCGAUUCGAGAUCUGUUGGCUUUGCGCGCGCUUGGAAAGAAACCUGCAGGCAUUGCUCUGGACAAGCUAAAUGUGGGCGAAAGGAAGAAGAAAAAGAAAGCGGAGGGAGGAGCCAAGAAAGCGGAGACAGAGGAAGAUAGAUGGGCGGAGCAGAUGCGUAGGGGCGGAUUGGUCGCCAAGGAUAUGAAGAGUGGCGGAGGAGGUGGCGGUGCAGAAAGCGAUGAUGAGGAUGCCCAAGGAAAUCGAAAGCUGGUAAGAUCCAACAAGUUCUCCGGAGAGACUGGAACAGUGGAUGUGGAUGCGCACAUGUUGGCCUACAUUGAGAAGGAGAUGGCCGCUCGAAAAGCAGCCGCCGCGGCGACAUCUGCAUCCAAAGCUAGCGAUGGUCCUUCUUCGCAGCUACCGACGGAUCCUCGAGAUGUGGUUCGAGCUUUGAACAACCCCGAAGAUGAAUUGUAUAGGAUUGCGGAAAAGUAUAGAUCGUUGCAGGAACAGGUCUCGAAAGUGCCGGACAAGGAGGAGUCGGAACAGGGACUCAGUGCGGCUUUGCUGAGUAGCGUGCCAGAGGUGGAUCUGGGGAUGGAUAAUCGACUCAAGAAUAUCGCGGAUACGGAACAAGCGAAGCGGGCGAUGAAUGAAGCGAGAGCCAAUCGGGGCGCUCGAAGAGAAGAAGACGAGUUGCUGGCCGCAUCGCGUUUCUUUCGACCUAAACAGCAUGCCCAGUCGGAUGCGGACGCUAUGCGAGCUGCAAAGCAAGAUGCGGAAGUACGUAGAGGAGGAGCUGCAAUCUUUCCAGAGGGACACAUCAGCGCGCCUGGCGCUUCCGCUCCCGAACGAACAGGAGAUGGCCAGAAGAGGAGAGAAUUGGCUAGCGAUCAGCUCGUCAUGGAACGUUUCAAGAAACGACAAAGGAAUCAGCUCAAACGAUGAAAAGAAAAAAAAGAUUCAAGUGUGGCAUCGUUACACGACGUGCGGAAUGUGAUUGCAAUGACAAACAG